AUGAAUAUUCCUGGGUACUAUUAUGAUCCAGUGAAAAAACGGUAUUUCAAGCGGCAGGGCCAGCCGCAGGCAUCGCCUGCCAUUGAACUGGGGCGACCAGCCCCGAAGAAAGAGGCCCCAGAGACCCGCACUGAGAAAAUAACGCAGCUCGCUGACGUGCAGAUCUUCCGGCCAGAGAUCAUGUACGAACUGCUCGUAAGCCCCAAGUGUGUCUCAACCGGCCAGUUCCUGCAGCUCCAGGAGUUUCUUCACAACGAAAAGCUUGCGUCAAGUGAUUUUGACCGCGAAACUGCGCUCUCGCUCUACACCAAGACCCAAAUGCAGUGCUUGCUGUUCCGGCAAAUAGCGCGCCCUCCUCUCGACCUGGGGCAGUUUGUGUGGGCUUCCGAAUGUCGCGGGACGCUUUUUGUUGCUACGAGACUUUAUCUGGUGGCUGUAAGCGUGAAGUCUCUUGAACUGGCGGAAAACUCGUUCUGGGUUCCAAAACACAACGUUCCGAAGCCGCAGGAAGCGGUGUUGCAGAUCCAGAGCAUCGGUCACUAUAGCACGAUUGCGCUUGGCUGGAAUAUCAACGUGGUUGACGGAGACCCGAUCAAAAUCCGGGUUUCCAACCACCGCGGGAUAGAGGAAGUCGAGUUCGAGGACACCUUUAAGAACUUUCGGCACCUCCAGGACACGAGAAACGUGACUUGCAUGAAGUGGAUGGAUUCAGAGACGGGAAUCGUAGGAUUUGAGCGCAAAUUAAGGGGCCACGGCCGUUUGAGCUGGUUGCACAAAAAUAUCAGCUCGUUGCCCGUGAGCAUCGCAUUUACGUUGUACGAGAACCACCUAAUGGUAGCCAUUGGGUACAUGAACGGGGCUCUUGAGAUUUAUCGGGAGAAAGACGAGUGUAUCCACCAUGCGUACGGAGCGAGUAUUCGCAAGGUGCAGUUUCUGCACGUUGACAGCCGGCUCUAUCUGCUGGUGAGCGGUCUGGCGAACAAGCUGGUCUUGUUUGCGGUCGACAACGAUCCACAACAGCUAUUUCCGCUCCUUGAGUACAAGGAGUACGAGCACAGCUUUUCAACGCAGGAGAACUUCUACGUGCACCGCAGCCAGCAGUUUUUCGUGGUCUACACAGACAAAAACAAGAAGAUCAAGGUGUACUCCAUCUUCAACGCACGGCCACUGCGAGAGUUUGACCAUUUGCCGCUGGCGGGCGGCGGCGAUCGGUUUCUUUUCGUCGGCGACUCGCUCGUCUCUCUGCAGAACGGUAGCCUGGAUUUUUUCAGCUAA